GAAAUGGCCAGGACCAAGCAAACCGCCCGUAAAUCUACUGGUGGUAAAGCCCCUCGUAAGCAGCUGGCCACUAAAGCUGCCCGGAAGAGCGCUCCUGCCACUGGGGGAGUGAAAAAGCCCCAUCGUUAUCGCCCCGGCACUGUGGCCCUGCGAGAGAUCCGCCGCUACCAGAAAUCCACUGAGCUACUCAUUCGUAAGCUGCCCUUCCAGCGCCUGGUGCGUGAAGUCGCCCAGGACUUCACUAUAGACUUCCAGAGCUCGGCCGUUAUGGCCCUGCAGGAGACGAGCGAAGCCUACUUGAUGGGGCUCUUUGAGGAUACCAACCUGUACGCUAUUCACGCUAAGAAAGUCACCAUUAUGCCUAAAGACAUCCAGUUAGCCCGGCGUAUCCGGGGUGAACAGGCUUAAAGGCUGCACUAAACUAUCUAUAUCCCCUGAUAAUAAGUUAAAACCACUUGUAUGUCUUUUAGAGCUUGAAUUUAAGGGUGUAUUUUACUUAGUGGAUUAUCUAAGGGUGUUCCUCUUGAAAACAGAAUGUUGUACAGGAAAAGGUAUG